AUGGCGCUCUGCCUAGAACAUAUCGCAGCUAUCCCCACACCACGGCCCUGCAAUUGCCUGCUCGCGAGCGCGUCUUUUUCCUCCAGAAUAUCAAAGGAUUAUAUAUUAGAAUACGCUUGCUAUGAGCUCAACGCGAAAACGGCAGAGACAGAAGAAGUGGGCCAUGCGGAAAAUAACAGAAAAGAUGCCGAAGCACCCUCAUCUGGGGAGGAGGAAAAGUCCCCCCAGGCUGGUUCCACUCAGAGGAAUCCGGGUUUGACGUACCGCGGUGCGUCCAGUCAUCUUGUGAUUCAUGCAAACACCCUUCAGGGAGAAACUAGGGAUGUUACGCGUGAUACCAUGGAGCCGGCUGUGGGCUCUUCCCUUCCGUUUGGUGUAUUCGAUCAGACGUGGAUCGCGCGAACGGCAAUUGCGCCCUCCCUCCGAAACCCCUGCGAGGACGAGGCGUCGUGGAUGCUCCUGACGGCCUGCACGGAUGGCGCCGUGCGUCUUCUGCAUCCACACACGCAUAGCGUGAUAGAAACGUUCCCUUCCGUUCAUACGGAGAUGCUCACGAGUUGCACGCCGUUUGUUUCCUCGUCGGGAUCCUCCUCGGAGCUUCGACUGUGGUGCACCGCACAUGGCGGCGAGGUGGUCGUGUACAACGUGGCGGAGCGGUGCGUGGAGCGAAGUUUCGAGGGGCAUCAAUUCGACGCCUGGUGCGGCGCGGUAUGGCCAUCUGGGGUGGGAACUUCCCCCUCGCUUUCCUCCUCAUCCAUCAAUCCAUCUGGGGAGGUUGGGGAGGGCUCGUUGUUGCUCUCCGGCGGCGACGAUGGGCUUUUAAAGUUUUACGAUCUCCGAUGUGGUAUGACGUCCGCGGUGGUGGGAAAGAUGCGGUUUGAGGCCGGGGUGGUGUCAAUUAGCCCCGUGCUCCAAAGCUCCCCCGGCGGAGUUGGUUUUCUGAAUGAAACGAACUCUUUUGGAAACUUUUUUGAGGUGCUUACCGGGACGACGCCGUAUCUUCUUGUCGGCUCCUACGACGAAUCCCUCUCGUUAGUGGAUCUGCGGUACCGCAAACGCCCGGUGGCAUCGCGUGGGGAAAUGGAAGGUGGGGUGUGGCGUACCUCUCGCUGCCUGAUCCCUGUGCGCGCCGCCGCCAGCGCUGGUCGGAAUGCGGGUCGGAUCGGGGAAACCUCCGGAGAUGAAACGACUCUUCCCCCGGCGAGAAGAACCCCACGAAGUAAUUUUGAACUUUUUGAACAAAACACCUUGCCCUUUCACGUUGUGGAUAGAAUGGACCUCGACGGUGGGAGCGGGAAGUCUGCUGGGCGUACCCGGAUCCCGGUGGCAACCCAAUCCUGCGUCACUCAGAAAAAUAUUCUUAUUCUACCGCUUAUGCAGCGUGGCGCCGCUUUUUUAUCCUACGACGUAUCCAAGGCGGAGAACGAGGUGUUUGCCCCUCCUCAGUACUUUUUUCCCUCCCCAUCGAGUACGGGAGAAGGCGGCGAAGACGAUGCAGUCGGGCGAAGCGGAUAUGGAAAUGUGGAGCACGACCAUAGCGCGAACCCACGUUGUCUGCUGCAGGAGUCGAUAACGCAGGAGUGCUUGGUGUACGAUACGGCCGUCCUUGGGCUGGAGAUCCCACCCUGCCGCAGCUCUGCAGAAGAGGAGGGUGAGAGUGGUGGAAAAAAAGAUUUCAUAAACGAUUCCCUCAUGGUAACGGCAACGGUGGCCACAUGCUCGUUUUACGAGAAGAAAAUUGAUCUGUGGCGUGCGAAUAUAAAGCUAGGUUGCGAUGGAGCGUAA